CUGGCUCAAGUCAUGGCCUUCUUUUUGCUGCCCUCUCGCUCCAUCACCUCAUCAUUUUCCAUCAGCCCAAGAGCUUGGUUCAGAUGCUCGUCUUCUACCCCUGAUUUCAUUCGCCCUCCUGGACCUGUAGCAUCCUGGACCCGCGACGAAUACAAUGCCUACCGACGAUGGCGAUAUGCUACAGAUGCCGAUUAUCGACAAGCUCGAAUACAGGCCGCUUGCGAGUUCAGCAAGAACGACCCCGUCUGGCGUGAGAAGAAGAUAAAGCUAUGGACAGGCUGGAACUUGGCUCAUCCCGAAGUAAGAGCAGCCCGAGACCAGCGUCUCAAAGAGCGCUAUGCGGAUGACCCCGAGUAUCGAGAGUCUGCUCUUCUCCAGCGUGGCAAAGAGCGCCACGCCAACGACGCUGAAUUUCGAGAGACCAAGCUCCAGCGUAACAAAGAGCGCUACGCCAAUGAUCCUGAAUAUCGCGAGGCUUUGCGACAACGGAAGGCCGAACGAUAUGCCGAUCCUGCAUAUCGGGAGGCUAGUGCACGGCGCUCAAAAGACCGCUACGCCAAUGACCCUGUAUAUCGGGAGAAUGUGAAACAACGUACUAGGGAGAGGUACUUGCGGAAGAAAGCUGAUCAAGACACAUCGAGCCCUCAGGAGACACCAGACCUCCAGAAGACUUGA